UUAGCAACACAAAGAACCUCUUAAUUAUCUCUUCUCUCCCUCUCUCUUGAACUUCACUCACAUUUUUCAUAUACACUUCUAAAAAUGAGUGGUUUGAGCUUAAAGAGGUUCACAUACAUGUUUCUCAUUGCAUUUAUUAUUUGGUCUUCAAAUUUUGAAGAGUGUAUUGCAAGAAGAGGUAAGCAUUGGAGACAAAACAGAGAAGAGAUAGCUUCUUUGUUGAAGAAGAAAGGAAAUAAUUAUCAUGGCAAUGGACACAACAACCAUAAUGGUGGUGGAAGAUCAAAAUCAAACACUUCUCCACCACCACCGCCACAUAAAACCACUCCCUCACUCUCACCACCACCACCACAAGAUGAAGAUACACCCUCAACUCCACCACCACAAACUUACAAUGGUGGGUCCUCUACCACUUUCAAUGUGUUAGAUUUUGGAGCUAAAGGAGAUGCAAAAAGUGAUGAUACAAAGGCAUUUGAAGCCACAUGGGCUGAAGCAUGUAAGGUAGAAGCCUCAACCAUGCUCAUUCCAGCAGAUUACGUCUUCUACGUGGGGCCCAUUGCAUUCUCUGGCCCGUACUGUAAACCCAAUAUCGUUUUCCAGGUUGAUGGCACCAUUAUUGCACCAACAAACGCAAAUGUUUGGGGCAGAGGAAUACUACAGUGGUUGGACUUUACAAAACUGGUUGGAUUUACCAUUCAAGGAAAUGGCAUCGUUGAUGGAAGAGGCUCGGUAUGGUGGCAAGAUACAACUCCAUAUAAUAAUCCUAUAGAUGAUGAAGAAAAACUCUUGGUCCCUUUAAACAACACAGUUGGAAGGCCACCAAUGCAGAUUGAAAGUGAGCUGGGAGGAAAAAUGCCAGGCAUCAAACCAACUGCACUGAGGUUCUAUGGAAGUAUUAAUCCAACAGUCACAGGCAUAACAAUUCAGAAUAGCCCACAAUGCCACCUCAAGUUUGACAACUGUAAUGGAGUCUUGGUUCAUGAUGUGAACAUAUCAUCCCCUGGUGAUAGCCCUAACACUGAUGGAAUUCAUUUACAGAACUCCAAAGAUGUGUUGAUAUACAAAAGCACUUUAGCUUGUGGAGAUGACUGUAUUUCAAUACAAACUGGAUGCUCAAAUGUAUAUGUACAUAAUGUCAAUUGCGGACCAGGGCAUGGAAUCAGCAUUGGAAGUCUAGGAAAGGAUAAUACCAGAGCUUGUGUCUCAAACAUUACUAUCAGGGAUGUCAACAUGCACAACACAAUGAAUGGAGUCAGAAUCAAAACAUGGCAGGGUGGAUCAGGCUCAGUACAAGGAGUACUAUUCUCAAACAUAAAAGUUUCCGAAGUUCAACUCCCAAUUGUAAUCGACCAAUUCUACUGCGAUAAAAGAAGUUGUACAAACCAAACAUCAGCAGUAUCACUCUCAGGAAUCAACUAUGAAAACAUAAAGGGAACAUACACAGUUAAGCCAGUUCACUUUGCAUGUAGUGAUAGCUUGCCAUGUGUUGAUGUUUCAUUAACAAGUGUUGAGUUAGAACCAGUUCAAGAAAAGUAUCACCUUUAUGAUCCAUUCUGUUGGAAGACUUAUGGUGAACUGAAAACUCCAACACUUCCACCAAUUGGUUGUCUGGAAAUUGGGAAGCCGCCAAAUAAUCGGAUUCAGACAGCUCAUGAUUUGUGUUGAUCAUCAUUGGAAUGUUUAGCUAGCUAGUUAGAUAAAUUAUUAUGUAUAUUAUUAUAUAUAUAUAAGUCUUAUAUUUAAUAGGAAAUUUUUCUUCAUUAGUAUACUGGCCCUGCAAUUAGCAAGAGGUCAAUAAUAGUGUGAUAGGAGAAGGUUUGUUAGCUAAUAUGGUUUUGUGUGAGUGUGAGGUAUUAUUAUACGAGUGAUAGCAUUAUAGCAUAAUAUAUGUAUAGAUGGAAUUAUUAUCCUUAAUACAAUUUCAGAUUUAAGGUACUUAAA